CACGUGCGCGGACGUGUCACGAGUUUAUAUUUUAUUCUACGAAUAUUUAGGAGUCGUAAAAUAAAAAUUGUAAUGCUUCGAUAAAAAAUGUUUUUAAUUUUAUGAAUUGUGUUGUGACUUUUUGUGCGGUGAAUUUUAGUUAUUAUUAUUUAUUAAGUGUAUGAAAGAAAGUGUUUAUUUAUGUCUUAACUUUUAAGACGCUUUUACUGUGAUAGAAAGUCAGUUUUGGUGAUAAAUAAAUUAUUACUAAUAAAUUAAUAUCUAAAUAUAAAAUAGCAGGGUAAUUAUUAGUUAUGUGACUAAAAUAGUGAAAAUGUUUAAAAGUGAAACAAAGAAGAAACGUAGGUGUGACUUGAAAACAGUUUUAUAAAUCUCAAUUUAAUUAUGAUAUUACAAUUGAAGUUUUUAACAAUGGUUAAAUAAACUUUACUGUUAAGUGUUAUGGGUGAAUUGAAAAUGUUUUUCUCGAGAAAAUUCAAAGUUCUCUUGGCAUGUUUGCUCUUUUUCGUAAAGUCAUGCACAGGGCAAGAAUCAAAGGGCACGACGGUGGAGUUCCUGCACACCAACAUCACGCGGCUAACCGCGCGGUCCGUCGCCGCACGCGGCUACCGCUUGGACGAAGUCGAGCAUUUGAUAAUCAUCAACGCGCCAAAACUGGAACAUAUAGCUGUUGAAGAUCUGACACAAAUGCUGGCUUUGAGAUCACUGAGCAUAACCCAAGCGCCUCUGCUACACAGGAUAGCGCCGUUGCCGCCGCUGCCUGAACUGCGCACCUUAAUGAUCACCACGUCGGGUCUGGUGGAGGUGCCCAACCUGAGCCACGUGCAUGACAACGACGUCGCCAACCGCUCGCAGCAGUAUCUGCAGGCAGUGGACCUGGAAGCGAACCACAUCCGGCGGAUCCCGUCGCACGCGCUGCGCAUCCGCGCUGACCAAGUAUCGUUGAACUACAAUUUGAUCGAAGAGGUUCCGGCACACGCGUUUAAAAAUUCACAAAUUUCAAAACUGAGUUUCAAAGGUAACACGAAACUAAGAAGACUGGACGACUUGGCGUUUGCAGGAAACCUUGUGUUGCGUCAACUAGAUCUGAGCAACACCGGCGUCACUUCGCUGCCCACCAAAGGACUAGAGAACCUCGAGACUCUUAAAAUAGAAAAGACGCCGAGUUUGAAAUACAUUCCUUCCAUUUAUGAUUUCAGAAACCUGCGGGAGGCGUUCCUCACGCACCACUUCCAUUGCUGCGCGUUCCAGUUCCCCGAGAGACACAACCCCGCGCGACACAAACUCUACGAGACACAGAUCGCUGUCAUGAAACAAAAAUGCAAUCAAAAUGACAAGAAUCCUACUCAAGACCCUCGGAAGCGACGAUCGACGUAUAGUGAAAAAUUACCUACGCUUUCAAGUGACGCAAAUGACACCUCAACAGCGAGCUACGAGUACCAGUCGUGGGGCAGCGAGGAGUACUCCGGCAGCCUGGAGGACGAGGAGCUGGAGAACUUCCACGAGCCCGUCAACGGCAGCCUGGGCGUGGCCUACUCCGUCGAGUGCGGCAACUUCAGCUUAAGCCGUCGCCGAGAAGUUCUAUGCACCCCUCAGCCGGACGCGCUCAACCCUUGCGAAGACGUGAUGGGCUGGUCGUGGCUCCGCGCCAGCGUGUGGUUCGUGGUAGCUGCGGCCGUGGUCGGCAACACCGCCGUCCUGCUCGUCCUCCUCGCCAACCACACAGAACUGACCGUGCCGAGGUUCCUCAUGUGCCAUCUGGCGUUCUCCGAUCUAUGCACAGGAUUGUAUCUGUUCAUGUUGGCGGUAGUCGACCUCAGGAGUUACGGAGAAUUCUUCAACUACGCAUACGACUGGCAGUAUGGGGUCGGAUGCAAGAUUGCCGGAUUCCUGUCCGUAUUUUCUGGACAGCUGUCAGUCUUUACGCUGACUAUAGUCACUUUGGAGCGAUGGUUCGCUAUCACGUACGCCAUUUACUUGGAGAGGAGGAUUUCACUGGGUGCGGCGGCGAAGAUUAUGAUCGGAGGAUGGAUGUUCUCGAUUCUAAUGGCCGGGAUGCCAUUGGCCGGCGUUUCCGACUACUCCUCGACGUCGAUCUGCUUGCCGGUGGAGAGCGAGGGAGUGGGCGAUGCCGUUUACCAGGGCUCCUUGUUUAUGACGAACGCUGUCGCUUGGGUGACUAUCGUGGUGUGCUACGUCCAGAUCUACAGAUCUCUGGGAGGAGGGGGCGAGAAAUACGGAGGCAGAGCCGCGGCCGCGGCGGCGGAGAGACGGAUAGCAAAUAAAAUGGCUCUACUGAUCGGCACCGAUCUGCUGUGUUGGGCGCCUGUUGCAUUUUUUGGAGUGACGGCUUUGGCUGGCGUUCCUUUAGUGGACGUCAGUCACGGGAAGGUGUUGCUGGUGUUCUUUUAUCCGCUAAACGCGUGCGCGAAUCCGUUCCUGUACGCGAUACUAACGAAGCAGUACCGAAGGGACCUGCUGACGCUGCUGGCGCGUACGGGGCGCUGCGACUGGCUGGUGCAGCGCUACAAGCUGGCCGCCACCCCCCCGCCCACCGCGCACACCAACCCCUCCGCGCCCCCGCUGCUGCUGCCGCUCGUGGAAUACAACAGGUCGACAUCGAUGAACAAAGAAAAUGGCGAAGCAGACAAUUUGUAACUAUAUUAAGCUAAUUAUAAAAAUUACUAUUGAUAUUAUUAUAGGAUAUUUAUUUGA